GAUAUAAACCUAAGCUCUAUUGUUGAUAAACGGACUCAUUUGAGUAGUUUAAUUUGCAAUCUAAUAAUGUUUAUGUGGCUAAACGAGAUGCUAAAUGCAAUUUUGUUUUUGUUCGUUGCAAUAAAUCACAAAGGAUUUAGGAAUUAAAAAAAAAGGCAUUACAAAUACAAAUUUUAAAGCAUCAUCUGAUAAAAGGAAAUAUUCUGUUUUAUUGUAAUAAUAACCUAAAACAAGCCAAAGUGUAACUAAUUUGAAAUCAAAGUUAGAAGCUAUAUUUACAAGAGAUAUUUUAUUUUAUAAAGUAUUGAUUGAUACUUGUAUAUACUUUAGAAAGAACUAUUUACUUAGCAUUUCAAAAGAUAGGAGUAUUAUUAUCAUUUAAUGUAGGAGUAUGUAGGAUUUGAUGAGAAAAAGAGGAUAGCAAUUUCUAAAAUUUGGAAAUAGUCCUUUCAGAAUUGUUAAGUUUUCUCGAGACUAUUAUCAAACUAGUAUUAUUUCCU